AUGUUUUCUGUAACAGAAAUAGCACUAUUUUCUCUCAUUCUCUUCACUUUCACAUACUUUUUAUUCACAUUUUUCUCAAAACCAAAACAGAAAAACAUCAACCACAAAAAGCCACCAGGUCCACCAACCCUACCAAUAAUCGGAAACCUUCACAUAUUAGGUACACAUCCUCAUCAAAAACUUCACUCACUCUCCAAAAAAUAUGGCCCAAUCAUGUCCUUACAGCUUGGUCAAAUCCCAACUGUUGUCAUUUCAUCUUCAAAAGCAGCAGAACUAUUCCUCAAAACUCACGACUUAGUUUUCGCAAGCCGACCGAUGAUUCAGGGAUCGGAAAUGAUAUCUUAUGGUUCCAAAGGGAUUGCUUUUUCUGAGUAUGGUCCUUAUUGGCGUAGUAUGAAGAAAUUUUGCACUUUGAAACUUCUUAGUCCUUCCAAAGUGGAGAUGUUUGCUCCUAUUAGAAAAGAGGAGUUGAUUGUUUUGGUUGAAUCAUUGAAGAAAACUGCUUUGGUGGGUGAGGCUGUGGAUGUUAGUGAGGCUGUAGAAGGUCUUGUUGAAAAUAUUUUAUAUAAGAUGGUAUUAGGUGGGAAUAAGUAUGAGCAAUUUGACUUGAAGAAGCUUGUUAAAGAUACUAUGAAUUUAUUUGGAGUUUUUAAUCUGACUGAUUAUAUUCCUUGGUUAGGAGUAUUUGAUCUUCAGGGAUUAACUCGAGGUUUCACAAAAAUCGGUAAAUCAUUGGAUGAGAUGCUAGAGAUGAUAUUAACGGAGCAUGAACAAACUACUAAUGUAGAGAAAGCUCGUGGUGAAGACUUUGUAGACAUACUUCUUUCGAUGAUGCACCAAACCCUUGAUCACGAAAGUGAAGAAAAUUAUGUCGUUGAUCGAACUAACAUUAAGGCUAUUUUACUCGACAUGAUAGUGGCGACUAUUGAUACAACUACUACAUCAAUUGAAUGGGUUUUAUCUGAGCUAUUAAGGCAUCCAAGAGUGAUGAAAAUUCUUCAAAAUGAGAUACAAGAUGAAGUAGGAAACAAAAAAAUGAUUGAAGAGAAAGAUUUGAAGAAAUUGAAUUAUUUAGAUAUCGUGAUUGAUGAAACCUUAAGACUUCAUUGUGUUGUACCCCUUCUAAUUCCCCGUGAAUCUAGAGAGAGCAUCGUAGUUGAUGGUUAUUUCAUAGAGAAAAAGACUCAAGUUAUCGUAAAUGCAUGGGCAAUAGGGAGAGAUCCUAAUAUUUGGUCAGAAAAUGCUGAAGAGUUUUAUCCAGAGAGAUUUGUUAACAAAAAAUUGAAUUAUCAAGGACAAGAUUUUGAAUCUAUACCAUUUGGUUCUGGUCGUAGGCGUUGUCCUGGGAUUCAACUGGGCUUACUUACUGUUAAGUUGAUUGUAGCUCAAUUGGUACAUCGUUUUAAUUGGGAACUUCCAUAUAAUAUUAGCCCUUCAAACUUGAACAUGGAGGAAAAAUUUGGAAUGACAAUACCAAGAGCUCAACAUUUGCACGCAAUACCCCAAUAUCGUUUGGUUGAUCCACCAGGUCCACCAACUCUACCAAUUAUUGGAAACCUUCACAUAUUAGGCAAACUUCCACAUCAAAAACUUGAAUCACUCUCCAAAAAAUAUGGCCCAAUCAUGUCCAUACAACUUGGCCAAGUACCAGCUAUUGUCAUUUCAUCUUCAAAAGCAGCAGAACUAUUCCUCAAAACUCACGACCUAGUUUUCGCAAGCCGACCAAAGACUCAAGCAUCUGAGAUCCUGUCUUACGGUUCCAAAGGGGUGGCUUUUUCUGAGUAUGGUCCUUAUUAUCGUAGUGUAAGGAAACUUUGCACUUUGAAACUUCUUAGUCCUUCCAAAGUUGAGAUGUUUGCUCCUAUUAGAAAAGAAAAGUUAAGUGUUAUGGUUAAGUCAUUGGAGAAAGCUGCUUUGGUGAGUGAGGUUGUGAAUGUUAGUAAGGUUGUACAGAAUGUUAUAGAGGAUAUUGUGUAUAAGAUGGUGUUGGGUAGGAGUAAGUAUGAGCAAUUUGACUUGAAAGGGUUGGUUCAACAAGUAGGAAUUUUGCUUGGAGCUUUUAAUCUUGUUGAUUAUGUUCCUUGGCUUGGCAAACUUGAUAUUCAGGGAUUAACACGGGCUUGCAAGAAAGUCAGUAGAGCAGUUGAUGAUGCACUAGAGGUGAUAAUAACAGAACAUGAACAAGCUACUAAUGUAGACAAAAUCCUGUGCGAAGAUUUCAUAGACAUACUUCUUUCAAUUGUAUACCAAACUAUUGAUCAGGAGAGUGAAUCAAAUGAUGUCAUUGAUCGAUCUAACAUCAAGGCUAUUUUACUCGACAUGUUACUAGCAACAAUUGAUACAUCUUCUAUUUCAACUGAGUGGACUAUAUCUGAACUUGUCAAGAAUCCAAGAGUCAUGAAAAUCUUGCAAAAUGAAAUACAAAAUGAAGUGGGAAAUAAAAGAAUGGUUGAAGAGAAGGAUUUGAAAAAAUUUAUUUACUUAGAUAUGGUGAUUGAUGAAGCCAUGAGACUUCAUCCAGUUGGGCCCUUACUAAUCCCCCGUGAAUCUAGAGAGAGUAUAAAAAUUGAUGAUUAUUUUAUAAAAGAAAAGACACGAGUUAUGAUAAAUGCAUGGGCAAUAGGAAGAGAUCCGAAUGUUUGGUCCAAAAAUGUCGAAGAAUUCUACCCAGAGAGAUUCAUUGAUAAGAAAAUGAAUUAUCAAGGACACGAGUUUGAAUCAAUACCAUUUGGUUCCGGCCGUAGGCGUUGUCCUGGAAUUCAAUUGGGAUUAACCACUAUUAAACUUGUUACAGCACAAUUGGUGCAUUGUUUUAAUUGGGAACUUCCAUAUAAUAUGAGUCCUUCUAAUUUGAAUAUGGAGGAGAAAUUUGGGCUCUCUGUGCCAAGAGCUCAAAAUUUACACGCAAUACCGAAAUAUCGUUUGGUUGAUGUCGAGUUGGAUUAAGUCUAAGAAUAAAUUGUAUUUGUAUUCAAGAAAAUUACUACCAAUAAAGAUGCAAUAUUAUAAGUCUAUUAAUGA